ACCUGACACGGCACGUGACACAACGCCAGGUCGGUAUUUUGAGCGUGUUUAUAUUAAAACACGGAAGUUCCUGGUAAAAUCGCAUGUGCAAAUACAAAAAAAUUGCAAUAAGAGAAAUGGAGAAGUUUGUCCAAGUUCUUCUGUUCUUCCUUCUCUUCGUGCAGGGAUGGUGUUUGAUCGCAGAAAGCCGUUUCAAGUCACCGAACGGAGACUGUCCGUGUUCAGCUCCUGCGCUAUGCAAUGUGAUCAAAACGCCGCCGCGAAAAGAGGUGUUUGCAUUCUGGUUGGGUGGACCACACUGGAUGAAGUAUGAUUGGACCAAACUGACCACAGUCGUGAUGUUCGGACACUACGAUGCAGACCUGAUGUGCUAUGCACAUUCUCAAGGCGUCAGGGUCACACUUCUAGGCGAUUUUCCUGUGGCCAAUCUGACCAGCAUCGCUGACCGCAGUGCCUGGGUGAUGGCACAGGUUGACCGCGCCAUCAAGGGUCACAUGGACGGGAUCAAUCUGGACAUUGAGUAUCCGCUCAAUGCCAGUCAGGCCAAGUACUUGACGACACUCGUCGGUGAAACCACCAAAGCUUUCCAUAUCUCCAUCCCAGGAUCUCAGGUUACAUUUGAUGUUGCCUGGUCGCCUAACUGCACCGACGGCCGUUGCUAUGACUACAAAGGCCUUGCCGAUGCCUGUGACUUUCUCUUUGUGAUGUCGUACGAUGAGCAGAGCCAGAUUUAUGGAGAUUGCAUUGCCAUGGCAAACUCGCCCUACAACAAAACAGCCACAGGUGUUGAAGGCUACCUUAAGCUGGGCAUACCUGCUAAUCAAUUAGUCCUGGGCGUGCCUUGGUAUGGAUACAACUACAACUGCACCAACCUUGAUAAUAAGACCAACGUGUGCUCCAUUCCUCAUGUCCCAUUCCGCGGUGUGAAUUGCAGUGAUGCUGCAGGCAGACAGUUCAACUAUGCUGUCGUCAUUAAAUUGCUGGACAAUAACUCUACCAGCGGGCGGCUGUACAACACAACCUACCAGGCUCCCUACUUCAACUAUGUGGAUGCAGCCACGAAGGUUAUCCACCAAGUGUGGUAUGACGAUCCUGUGAGCCUGACCACGCGCUACAAGUACGCCCAGCAGAUGAAACUCCGUGGGGUAGGGAUGUGGAACGCUGACAGUCUCGAUUACAGCGAUGACCCGAAGGCUGAGAAGCUUACCAAAGCAAUGUGGGAUGCAAUUGGGAAGUACUUCUUGCCUUAGCCCUGAUUUUGAUGCAGAAAAGCUUUAGAUGUGCUCUUUUUUUUUCAUUCAAUACAGGGUGAGUAAAAAAAGACGAACCCCAAAUGUUGGAACCAUUGUUUUAGUGAAGUUCUGCAUGUAGC